UAUACAGUACAUGCUACUUGAAUAUUCCACAUGCCGUUUUAGUGGGUUAAACUGCAAAAGCGGAUACAGCGUUGUAACUGCAUUGACUCAACAACAAAAAAUAGAUCUCUUAGUCAUGUAAAAAUGACGCCCACCACCAAUCUCCGAAUCCUCGCUGUCUCCCUGCUCUCCCUCCUUACUGCCCCACUUACCACUGUAGUGGAGACCUCUCCGUCCCCCCCUCCACAGCACCUAGACCGCUCAGGGAGGCCGUUCACUGAGCAGCCCAGUCCCUCUCUCCUGCUCCUCGCCAUCCAGGCCAAUAUCCGACCAGCUGCUCUUCAAGGCAGGACCAAAACCCCUGAGAAACUUCCAGAAACCUCAGAGGGAGUCCUCGAGACGCCCCCAAAACCCCUUCCCCAAGUCAUGUUCCCCAAGAAUGUGACUUCAGCAGAGGCCCUCGCACCUCCCUUAGGUGCAGCCCAGGUUGCACCGCGGAUGAUGGAUGUAUGGAUUGAUGUAUGUCGGGGUUACUAUGAUGUAAUGGGACAAUUUGACAAUGCUUUCAACUGCUCCAAGGACACCUUCAUCUAUUGCUGUGGAACCUGCCAUUACCGCUUCUGCUGUCCAGAUCGUAACCGGCAACUGGAUCAGGACAUGUGCAAAAACUAUGACUCUCCAGACUGGGCCAAGCCACAGACAGACGCCAUGAAUAUACCAGAGGAAUUAGGUCCUGACCCAGACUUUGAUCCACUGAAGCAGCAGAGCCACAACACAGGCUUCGUCAUCGGUGGGGUGAUUGUGUUCAUGGUGGCUGUAGCUAUUGGCAUCAAGGUGGUCUUCAACAAAGUGCAACAAGAAGCCCACCAAAGGGAUCUCAAUAUGCCCAGAGCCCUGGUUGACAUGUUGCGACACCAAUCGAGCCCAGUCCAGCAGGAUGAGAGAAACAACAGCGUGGCUCUGGCUGUGGGGGACGGAACAGGGACACUGGGGAGACCUCCAAAAAAUCUUUACGCCCCAGGACUUCCCAGCAAGGACAACAGAUUGGGCAAUUUGCAACACAAUUUCAUCCACUCAUCAGGCUCCAGCCCUAAACACACCGCAACUAUCGAACGCACCCCUCGAAUGAACAAUGCUCAGCUGGCAGCUGGAGGCACCCUGCUCUCCAGUAAACACAACAACACCAAAUCCCAGCCUGCCUUCCACCACUCCCUGCACAACCUGGCUCAGCUGCCUCCCUCUUAUGAGAGUGCCACCAAGCCUGAGCUCAACAGAUACUCCUCACUCAAACGGCUUGAAAAAGGUCUUGAUGAGUACUCCUCUGGUUACUGCACCACCAAGCGCCGGCCUCACACAGCCCAGCCAGCCCUCCAGUCCUCUCAGCACCACCUCCACUGGGGUGGAGACUACACCCUCAGUGGGAGAGGAACCCUCCCCAGGCAUGCAGUCCGUCCCUGGAUCCCACCGCCGCCCUCUGGCAUGCCCGCCUCACCCACUCCCAAUCCUUACCCCCUGGAUCCCCCAGAGCCCCAGUACAACCCCAACUAUGACACUCUCUCCAAGCCCGCGAGGAAAGUGAAAUCCACUGACCAGCUGCUCAACAUGGGUGACGUCCCUGGCAACACAGGGACCCUGUCCCGGAUGUCCAAGAACCAGCAACACCAGUACUACAAAGCCAUGGCUGCCUCCAAUAAGAACUCGAACACGCAGACCCUCACCCGCAAGACCCAGGACAGGCAGGACAGGCAGGACAGGCAGGACAGGCAGGACAGGCAGGACAGGCAGGACAGGCAGGACAGGCAGGACAGGCAGGAGAGGCAGGAGAGGCCGGAGAGACAGGAACGACAGGAACGUCAGGAACGGCAGGAACGGCAGGAACGGCAGGAACGGCUGCUCAUGUCCCCGGACCAUUUGGAGGACAGGAUGGGGGUCGGCGGAAUGGGGGUUGUAGACCCGUACGCCCACACAGGUGGGAUUGUCCCAACACUGCCUCGCCAGCAGAAGGCCCAGUCCCAGCAGAAUGUCUGCGCCACGCCCUCCCUCGACCGGCACCACAUGAUCAAGAUGAACUCUCACCCCACGUCUGGACGAGAGCAGGAAAGGAGCACGGGCAUGACGGGGCACAUGAGUGGGGGCAUGGGCUGGGCAGGGGAGAUGCCCGGGGCGGGGGUAGUCAUGGGAACGGGAACACUAGGGGGCCACAGCGCCAGGAGGAUGGCUUUCGCAGCGAAAAGGCAGAACACCAUUGAGCAGCUACAUUUCAUACCGGGAGGGGGCGGCGGGGGGUCAGCAGGGAGUGGGGGAGGCAGUCAGGGAAUCAGGACGGGGAGUAAAAAUGAGGUGACGGUGUGAGGUUUGUGCCUAAUGUAAAGUUAACCCCUCAUCAAAGGUUCGGGAAUAGAUCACCCUUCUGCAUUUAACUAUUAGAUUUACAACUGCAAGUAAUACAACUAGAAUACAAGUAUAAAGUAUAGUAACAGUAUAAUGUGUUUAGGCUAUUCAAAUUAGUGUUAUCUCGUUAUUAAAUAGCUUGAAUAUGAUUACUUAUAAAAUUUAAACUCUAGGUGGGGAAUAUCUGUUCCAAUUAUGUGAUAGCCUACAUCAGCCAUAUUUUGUAAGAGAAUUUGCCAUAUUGCCAUAUACAGCGGUGCCAUUACUUGUAGAAAGACUGACUGGGAGGGUGAGACAAAACCAACAGAAGUGUUGUUCAUACUUCUGUUUUUAUAUGUUUUUCAAAAAGUACUCAGGAGCCAUAUUAGAUAGGGAAACAGACGAUUUAAAGAUUUAAAAGAAGAGGUCGAUGAAGAGGAGGACCACGUGGAAUAUUGUAUCACAGAAUUUUUUAGAGAAUUGAGCCAACUACCCACUGGACCGUCAACCUGCUCGGCCCUCGCCAACAAUGAUUUAUUAAACUGAAUCUCAUGGGUGAGCAGCAGGAUGGACCAGAUGAGUCUAGAUGAAGUGAGUGCCUGGUGAGGGAUUUCGGAGGUCUGACACUCACUGCUCACUCUGCUGAGCCAACCUCACCCUGAUGGGGAGACAGAACUGCUUCUUGUUGCUUCCUGCGUGAAUCAGCCGACAACAUGGGGGCUGUUUUAGGAGUUUGAACUCAUGGGACUGGGACACAGCAGCCUGACACUAUUGGCAGGACUCCACGCCCGAUUAAAACUGCGGAGAUACCCACAUUACUAAUCUGAUGCCUGGGUUGCCUAGUUUUCCAUGUGACCUUAGAUCAAAUCCCCAGAAGAAGUCUUGCGCUCUAUCACUGUUACACUACAGAAGCUGAUAUAAGAUCAUGCUAUGGGUGAGUUUUCCCUAAUGUCCCCAUCUAUAGAUCAGGACCUAAUUGUAACAACAAUGGGCUACCAAAUAACUGAGAGCCAUCAGUCGUAUUAUUAUUAUUACAAAAAAAAUCUUGACUUAAACCCACAUGAGUCAAGACGUGUUCAGUUUACUAAUAAAAAGGCAACUUGCUUUAAUGUAGGUUGUGUAUGAGAGCAAAGGGCCUUUUUACAGAGCACAAAUGAAUAGACCAUGACGCAGAGGUUGCACUUACACAACUGUCCUUCAAAGCCAUUUAUGGAGAUACAAAGAAAAAUACCACAGAGGAAGCUGGUCUGACAAUCACCAUUUUAUUAUUCUCACCAGGUGACAAAUUAUAGAAGUCAGUGAUAUUUUGUACAGUCAAAGGAUUGGCUUCAGAGCGAGCCAAGAGAGAGGGCAAGCAGGGGCCUUCUCCUGCGUGGCUCCAUAUGCCGAAAGAGACUCGGAUGGUUAGGAAGCCCUUCCCAUCCUCUGACGAAGACCUUGCUGUAUCAUAACGCACUUCAGCCAGUAUGAAUAAAAAAUUUAAAAAAACAAAAAAGACAAAAAAAAUCUUCAUCAAUAACAACGCUUAUCAAUACUAAGGGCUAUCCUAUCCUAUAUACUGUAGUAUGUGAUAUCUGUGGUCCAUAUAAAAUGCUAUCUCUUUCUCUUGAUUUUGUGUUGAUAUUGUCAUGAUGUAUUAAGUAUUAACGUGUACAAAAAACAAGAGCAAUUUAAGCACAGUUCAAAGAGAAACACAGAGACAAAACUUUGCACAAAUCUAUCCCCUGAUAUUUGCACCAGAUACAAACAUACUUUGUAUCGUGUCCUCAAGGUUUACAUUCUGUACAAGCACGGCUGAAGGUGUGACUGAGCAAUGGUAUUUAAUUGGGAGAGGAAUUUUUUUUCUUUCUAAUCAACAGAAAUCAGAGGUAAUUACGCUGAUCAAAGAGGGAAUUUGUUAUUUGGGAUUUGCUUUUGUUCAGUCAUGUGAAAGGAUACAGAGACUAGAUGCUGAUAAAACAGAAACACAGAUUUUAUUCGGACAAUCUUCCUAUACACAGUGCUAAAUGUAGUUGUUAUGAAUAUGAUGGAGUGUUAUUAUUAAUAAUUAUUAUAACUGUUAUGGUUAUUAUUAACAAUUAUCUUAUGAUGUGAUGUUCUUUUACUUGGUGGGAUUUAAGUGUUUAUUGUUUUUAGAUAACUAGCAUUCUCAUGACUAGUUGGUUUUUCAUACAUCGGGUCAUAAAUUCAAGUUUUUAAAAAAAACAUUCCAAAUCUUGAUGCAUGCCAGCUCCAUUUCAUUGAGAGGCAUUUACAGUAUGCCUGGAUUCUAAGGUCAUCGAUGCUUACAUGGCCAACUUUUCCAGCUGUAUGUACUGUGCCUAGACAUCGGCCUUAUGACUUCUUGAUCACAAGUGAAUACUUAGGUUUCCACUCUGGUACAAAAAACAUCUAUUGAAAAAAUCUGCAGCCUUCUAUGUGCUGUUGACAGUGUUGUAACAGCCAGUGAGGGAGGGAUAGACGUGUUCGAGAUGGGCCAGAAGUUAUCAACAUCACCAGACUAGACACAGUCUGCUGUCACUCGACUGCAGCAGCCUGUCCCAAUAACUUGUGGGUUACACACACUGAAACCCAUGAUGCCAUAAUGUAUGUGUGUUCGGAUGAAUGUUUAUUACACAAGUGGGAAAGAAACGGAGGUCUAAUGGAAACCCGAAUGCUUUGAGUGCAGUGUCUUUUUUCAGGGAAAUAGGACAGAUGACAUACAGUAGUAUUAGAUUUUUUUAAUAGAGCCACAAAAGGUCUGUAGCAAAGUCUGUAAUAUCUCACAAGCCAUAUCCAUUGAAACUCAUUAUCACAAUUUUAUAAAUGGUUAAUCUAAUUUGUGCAAGUAUUGUAUUUUGUAUAGCUAGUACAAUCAGAAUAUUUUGAGUGAUCUCUUCGACAUUAAUUUGAGGAUUCAACAAAUUAUGUGUUAGUAUUUAAUGAAUUGUACAGUGCCAAACUCAUAACAUUUUGUUGUCUUUCUAUUGUCACAGCCUUCUCCAUGGCAACAGGGGUAUUUCUUUUUCACAACUGAGAACUAAUACACAGGAAAGUACGCUGAAAAGCCAGUUUUCAGAGAGAAAUGAAUGAAUAUGGUGUGUGUUUUAGCCAUUAUGAAUUCAUUUAGCAUGAGGAUGGUUAAUGGCCACCUGAAAUGUAAAAAACAUUACCAACAGUAAAUUGUAUGGACAGGGAUCGGAUCCAGUGAUGAAACUCAUGGAUUUAUUUUCAUGCCUAUAAAUUUUAAAACAACCCUUUUGUUAUUGUUCAAUGCAUUGAUCCCCUUGGAUACGACAGUGACUUACAAAUAAUUUGUAUAAUAAAGUUGGUGG